GACAGCUAACGAUGAUUCACGCUAUGUCGUGAUUGGAGUUUGAAUCUCUUGUUUAGUCAGUACUUCGUCGAGAACACUCGGCGAACAUUCGGGACUGAUGGAAUUUCAAGGAAACGCCACUGUUGUAGGGGAUUUUGUAACGUAACAUACGGACGCAGCAGAAUCUAAAUAUUCUCGUCGUAAGAAUUCGAAUAACGUGAACAAAAAUCACACAAUACCGGCACGCGGAAUGACAAACGUUUUCAAAAUAAAAGUGUUCCUUUUUUCUAUCUUCACAUAAUUUAGAAUUGCUGUGCGACUAAAUAUGGACGUGCUUUCGCUUAUCGGUCUGUUGAUUCUACUCUAUUAUUUCGUCUACGUUUUCUGUGCCUUUGUUUUGGAUUCCGAUCUAGCGCUCGCCAUUAAGGAGAAGUUCGGCGAGCCCAUUUCCUCGUUAAAAGGCAAGAAAGUGUGGAUCGUGGGCGCAUCCAGCGGUAUCGGCGAGGAGUUGGCAUACGUGUUGGCUGAAACGGGCUGUAAAUUAAUCCUAUCCGCCCGCAGAACUGCUGAAUUAGAGCGCGUGAAGAAAAACUGCUUGGAGAUAAACAAUAAUUUGCAUGACGACGACGUGGAAGCAUAUCCGUUGGAUCUACUUAAUUUUGACUUUCAUAAGGAAGCGUUCCAACACGUAAUCAACAAAUUCGGUGAGUUGGAUAUACUGGUAAAUAAUGCUGGUCGCAGUCAAAGAGCGCAAUGGGAGAACAUCAAACUUGAAGUCGACAAAGACAUGUUCAACUUGGACGUGUUUUCCAUCCUAUCAUUGAGUAGAUUGGCAGUUAAACAUUUUCUGCAAACGGGAAAAGGUCACAUCGUCGUCACCUCUAGUAUCGCGGGGAUACAAGCGAUACCAUCGUCGGCGUCUUAUUGCGGCGCCAAGCAUGCCUUACAUGGCUAUUUUAACGCAUUGCUAACAGAGCACAGCGAUAAGAAUAUCAAGGUCACCAUAGCUUGCCCGGGUCCAGUGCAGACCAAUUUUCUAGCCGAAUGUUUCACGGACACGCCCGGCCAAAAAUAUGGCGUGGAGACGGCGGUAGAUCGCAGUAAGAUAAGCGCGAGACGUUGUGCGGUGUUGAUGAGCGUCGCGAUCGCGAAUAAAAUGAAGGAAGUGUGGAUCGCCAACACACCUACGAUGCGAUUAUUGUACGGAUUCUACUGCUUCCCAAAUGUUAUGCGAUGGUUGAUGACAAACAUCGGUCCGAAAUACCUGAUGAAGGUACGAGAAGGCCGCAAGAUUGAGUGAUAACGGCACCACGAAAGAGAAUAACAAGAAGUGAUCAUAUAUUGCGAUAAUUACUUUUUUACUACAUAUAAUAAAAUCACUCAACAAUG